AUGCUAAUUUUUUGCAUCCAGGAGAUUUUUCUUCCUUUGGAAGAUUCGCGCAUCAAUCUUCAUGUCACCACAGCAGUUAGGGCAAAUGGUUACUUGAAAAUUGUAAUACGUUCGUUACUCUCUCUCUCUCUCUCUCUCUCUAUUUCUGUUGACAUCUAUCUAUCUAUCUAUCUGUCUGCCUGUCUGUUUAUACUUUAUAUUACAUUACUUACUACCUCACUCUGCUGCUAUCUAUCUAUCUAUCUAUCUAUCUAUCUAUCUGUCUAUCUAUCUAUCUAUCUAUCUAUCUAUCUAUCUAUCUGUCUAUCUAUCUAUCUAUCUAUCUAUCCGCCUGUCUGUCUACAAGUUUUCAGUGUUUGUAGUGUUCAUUACUCUCUAAUCUUUACCAAACAUAUGUAUUUCAAGUUGUUCGUAUUUAUCUAUCUUUCUGCCUUUUAUAUUGCUUUCGUUACUAUCUCGUUUGCUAAUAUCUAUCUAUCUAUCUAUCUAUCUAUCUGUCUGGUCUGCCUAUACGUCAUCAGUGUUUAUAGUGUUUAUCUCUCUCUCUCUCUCUCUCUCUCUCUCUCUCUCUCUCUCUCUCAUUUUUAUCAAAGACUUUGGCUUAUGUAUGUAAAAUUGGUCGUAUCUAUUUAUCUAUCUAUCUAUUUGCCUUUAUUUGCAUUUAUACGAUCUUGGUGUUUACAUUAUAUCUCUCUAUCUAAUUUUACUAAUGACCUCAGCAGAUGUAUGUAA